CUCAAAUGGUUCUUGGCCCUACACAAAAUUAGACAUAAGAUAGAACUCCUCCUCCCACCCUCAGAAUUCCAUUGACGCGAUGCGCCCUCCGCUGAGCUCAGCAUAAGUUUAUGAAGCAUAUGCCCAAUGACAUGCGAGACCUCGCAAUAUCGAGCUAACAUAAUUCUGGGACAAAGAGACAAAGAGAAAAGGAAACAAGUUAUUGCCCCUUUGAGGAGGAAGUGAGAGAAUUGGUUAACAAGGUUAACAAGGUUGCCAACCAAUGUUCAUUUUUGUUGCCAUUGAGAUUUGAGAUUCGUAAGAGAAUUCAAGGAGACUGCUUGGGCACGAGUAAGUAGAAAAGGGUAGUUCAUAAAGGACAUGAGCACAAAGAUGAAGAAGGGGAUCCUGAGGCCCUUCCGCUACUUCUCAAACAUAAUGGAUGCUAAGGAACAAGAAUUGCAAAUUGGUUUCCCAACGGAUGUGAAACAUGUGGCACAUAUCGGAUGGGAUGGACCUAGUGUCCCAAACAAGGAGAAGGAGGCAGGAGCACCUAGUUGGAUGAAAGACUACCACUCAGCACCACUGGAUUCAGCCUCAUUUAGGAGUGAUAGGGGAGGUUCUGCUGCCUCUAACCCAUGGGCUUCUCAAGAAAUAGUUCUAGAUGGAGCGGGCCUGGGAGAUACCUCUUUCGGGGAUACUAAAAGUGAAGCUGGUGGAAUCGAUGUCACUGUUGGUGACUCCCCUCCGUCCCCGGGCUCCCGCCGGUCAAGGCGAAACCGCUCUCGGGGUUCUGACACCUCCUCUAUGGAUGUCACAACAGGCAAUACUGAGAUCUUGGAGAAGAAGGAGAAGGCCAAGAAAGGCACCCGAAAGAAUAGAAAGAAAGAUAAGGACAAGGCAGCUGAGGACACUGCCGGUUCCACCUGUCAGGACCUCCCCGCAGUGCCCAAGAAGUCCAACCGCAGAAAAAACAAAGGAAGCUCCGAAGGAAGUGGUGGUGCAUCGACCAAGGAUGGUGGAGGUGGACCAGAGGUGGGCACAAUACCGCUAACUCUGGUGGCCGACGAAGAAAAGGAUCACGAAUUGUAAACUGUUGACAGGCAAGCUGCUCUCAUUUGGAGAUGAAAGCAUAUGCUCGUUACGAGCUAGAGUACUUUGAGUUUAAUUGGUUGGAUCAAGUGGUGAUUGAUAUAUAAUAAAGUACUCAAAUCAAAUGACACAAGCAUGCAGGUGUUGAAGGUUACAUGCUGUUUUAGCAUUAACAGGAAUGGGUUUGCACACCCUAACACAACUCUUUUCCUCUAUUUUCUUUGUAAUACUGAUCAUUUUUAAAACCCAUUGUCCUGUUCCAGAUA